ACCUAGAAGGAAAAGAAAAGAGGAGGAGCCUCUCUCUCCCGUCCUCACGCUCUCCGCUCUCUCUUCCGCGACGAACAACAACAUCAGCGGCGCUUAAUAAAGCUCAACCAUGGUAGCUUUUUGUUCUCAUCAUCAUCUCUCUUGCGAGCGACAACAACAACGAUGGUCUUCGGUUCUCUCUCUCUUGCGAAAACGACGACUAUAACAGAAAAAUCUCUCUCUCGGUUUCUCACGGCGGCCAUGGAAUAAGCUCGAAGAAUCUCACAUACUCACGAAUCCAGAUCUAUCUGGAGCAUGUGUGGUGAAUGCUGAAUGGCGAAAGUAGCUACACCAAGUGCCAUGCCUCCGAGUUCUCGUGGAAUUUCAUCGGUACCUCUAAAAGGUGCUUCUAUUGCUAAAAGAAAGACGCCUUCAGAACUUAGGGGAGAGCAGUUGAAGCGGGAUAUUUUUGUGGACUAUACUGAUGAAUCUCCGACCUCGGCUGGUUCCUCGAAAGCUGCUGAGGUGGGUAAUAGAUUUAAAAAACCAGGAUUGUUUAAGGCCCCGAGAUACAAUGACACACAGCUUGAUGAUGUAUUUUCUGCCAAGAAGCCGAGGUUUAUAGGUGCGUCUGGGAAGGAAAAUGUAAAGGUUAACCUUUAUUUUCUACCAAUUGAAGAUGUUGUGAUCUGUUCUAGUCAAAUGGACUGGCUCAGGCUUACUCAAACUCAUCCCGACCUUGCAGGACUAGCUUUGAGUAGAUUCAUAGAAGAAGAAAGUGAUUACGAGGAAGAAGAAAAUGCAGGAAAACCUAACGGUAUUGUUGUUGAUGAAGUUAUAGAGAACAAAGAUAACAAUGAACCGCCAAUGAUUCAGGUUCCACAGCAGCCACUUCCCGUUGAUUUAACAGGAACUUAAGUGAAGGUAGAUGGGAGGAAGUUAAGUAAAAAGGAAAAGCCAGAGUUAACAUGGCAAAAGAGGGAAAAGCAGCUAGAGAAAUUUGUUCAUAUGAUAAUGUUACAAGCAAAACACUUUAACCGUAGGACAAAAGAUCAUGAGAGUG